ACCACACACCAUGUUUGCGGCACCGCCCGCCUCGGUUUCCGGCAGCGUCAUGGCGGCCUACGCGGGUGGGUUUCAAAGCGCAGGCACCAUCGAGGAGAAAAGAGAUUUAAAGCGCAAAGCGCGUGAAGAAAUCCUCCAAAAGGCCAAACAUCAGUAUGAGGAAGACAAGCGGAAAGAGGAACAGAGGAAGGCUCGAGGUGAAGACACCUGGAUGCUCCCAGAUGUUGAGCAGCGGCUGCAGCAGAUCAGUGAGGACUAUUCUGUAAAAGGCAAGAAGAAGAAAAAGGAGAAAUCCAAGAAGAAGAAGAAGGAGAAGAAGAAGAAAGUGAAGAAAGAGAAGCCGAAAUCCCAGGGCGAUGGCUCAUCCGAUAGCUCAGAGGACUCUGAUGAUUGGGUGGAGGCUCCGCCCCCAACAGGAAGUGUGGAUAAAGCAUGGAAGGUCUCGGACCAGGCUCAGACCACGAGUAGCUCGACCAGUAGUGGCCAACAGAGAGACGAGUGGAUGACCUUUGACUUCCUGGCCCUGAAGACGACAUCGGUUGCCGAGCGACGAGCCGAGAAGGAGGCGGAGAAGGAGGCGGAGCGAGAAAAAGCGCAGAGCCUUGAACAGGCUGGCCUUCACAGACUGGAGCUGAAUCCUUAUUGGAAGAAUGGAGGGAGUGGGCUGCCCCCGGAGGAAGGUGCCAGUACUGCAGUUACUAAAGCGGGCGUGGUGGAUGAUGGAGGACGGAGCUGGCUCAUGAAGUCAUAUCAGAGGAUGAAGGAGCAGGCAGAGAGAGAGCAGCGCAGCCUGGAUGACGUGGUGGCUGAGAGAUACGGGUCCAUGGAGCAGUUUCAGAAGAGACUGAAGGAAGCAGAAGAGGCCACCUUCUCACAGAGGAGAGAUGAGAGAGACAUGGGGAGGAAAGGAGAGGGAGACGGAAGGAGACAGGGGUGGAGGAGAGAGACAAACAGGGACAGGGACAGAGAGAGAGACAGGGACAGAGAGAGAGACAGGGACAGAGAGAGGCAUAGGGAAAGACAGAGAGACAUGGGUAGAGACCAGUGGACAGAAAGAGACAGAGAGCGGGACAGGGACAGAGAGCGGGACAGGGACAGAGAGCGGGACAGGGACAGAGAGCGGGACAGGGACAGAGAGCGGGACAGAGAUAGAGAGCGGGACAGGGACAAGGAGAAGGAUAUAGAAAGACAGAAGGACAUGACAAGGGACAGAGGGACAGAGAGAGAAAGAGGACGUUUCCUCAAACCCUCCGACUCUGAUGACUUCCUGCCUCUGGGGGCAGGCUUUAGGAGGCCUGGAUUGACAGCCUCCUCAUCCAAUCAGAGUGCAGGGAAGUUCCUGAAACCUGGAGAUGAUGAUGAUGAUGAUGACGAUGAUGUUCCAGCAUGGAGGAAGAGUGAAGAGAAGAAGGAUGGAGUGAAAGAGAAGGAGGAGUCGGGGACACAGAAGAGGGAGGAAGAGAGUAGGACUGCUCCAGUGCAGAAGAGCAGCUCAGAGAGUGAGGAAGAGGAAGAAGAAGAGGAAGUGCGGCUCCUGACAGAUGAGGAGAUGAAUAAACUCGGGGCCAAACUUCUCAAGGCCGAGCUCAUGGGGAAUACGGCUCUAAUGGACUCUCUGAAGGCUCAGCUAGAAGCUGCGCGGAAGGCGAGAGAGAAUCAUGCUCACAAACCCAAACAGGUGUCUGUGCAGGAGGAGGCGGAACAGGAAGUGGUCUUGUUCAGAACGGACCAAUCAGGACGAGCGUGGCCAGUGAGUGGCCCCUCCCAGCACGUGGAGCCGAAAGCAGGGAGGAGGAAGAAGAAAGCGAUCGAGACCCAUGUUGCUGGCGAGCGUGUGCGUUACUUUGCAGAUGAUGACAGUUUGGAUCUGAAGGAGAUGGUGCGCCGGGAGAAGAUGACCUCAGCUCAGGAUCAGAAUGCCCUCUACUCACGCAUGGCUGCUAAGAUGAUGGGCAAGCAGGAUGGCGAUAACUACACACUGGACGACAUGUUCGUAUCGAGCGCAGCUCAGAGAGAAAGGGAGGGGCUUGAUGAAGAGAGAGCGAGGAACCGAGCGAUGAGGGAGGGGCGGAGCCUCGCCACACGAAUGGAUAAAUGCCCGUUCUGCUUCAGCAACACCGAGCUGCCCAAACACCUGGUGGUGGCUAUUGGGGCAAAGGUGUAUCUUUGUCUUCCUAACAGCGUCUCUCUGACUGAGGGACACUGUCUCAUUGCUCCACUGCAGCACCACUGCUGCGCAACUGGCCUUGACGAGGACGUGUGGAAUGAACUACAGGUGUUCCGCAAGUCGUUGGUUCAGAUGUUCAAUUCGCUUGGUCUCGACUGCGUGUUUUUAGAAACUCACAUGAACCCCAAGAAGCGCAUGCAUAUGCUGUAUGAGUGUGUUCCACUUCCACGGGAGCUUGGCGAUAUGGCACCCGUCUACUUCAAGAAAGCCAUCAUGGAGUGUGAUGAGGAGUGGGCGAUGAAUAAGAAGGUGGUGGAGCUGUCAUCCAAGAACAUCAGACAGGCUGUUCCGCGUGGUUUGCCGUACUUCUCUGUCGAUUUUGGGUUGCAGGGAGGAUUCGCUCACGUCAUUGAAAAUCAAGACAAGUUUCCAUAUUACUUUGGGAAAGAAGUCCUCGGUGGUAUGUUGGACCUAGAGCCGAGGCGAUGGAGGAAGCCGAUCCGCGAGAACUUUGAUGAUCAACGUAAGAAGGUCCUGCAGUUCUCCCAGUGGUGGAAACCCUUCGACUGCACCAAGAGCCAAUAAGAGAUCUGCUUUCAUCUUGGGGGUGGGGUCAGACUCAGAGUUGGAGUCUGUCCUGUCUAUAAUCUAUAUAAUAACACAAACGCUGUAUCAUAGAGCUGGAACAUUAAAGUUUUGUUGAUUUUUAAGAAA